AUGUUGUGUGGUAAAAACGAAAGUUUGGAAGUGGCAAAUAAUGAGAUUUGCAGUUCUUUAAUGGAAAAUCCUGAGACAACUGAAGCCGAAUUAACUGCCGACAUGGAUUCGACGGACGUCUACAAGAAACGGUUCGUAGAUUUGAAACUUCGCCACCAUAGCCUACAGCAGUCAGAGGGUACGACGUCACAAGAAGAAGAAGGUGCUGAUGCUGGUGACCAGGUAUCUGUAGUGGGUAGCAACGUCUCAAAUCAAGCAGGUAGGCGAAAGUUUAAAUUACCAAUAAUUGAGUUGACCAAGUUUGAUGGCAAUAUUCGUGAAUGGCUGCCAUUUUGGGGUCAGUUUAGCAAAAUCGAUUCGGAUUCGGAUAUUGAUAAUAACGAUAAGGUCCUAUAUUUGAUACAAUCAACAGUGCCGGGUAGUAGGGCUAGACAGUUGGUCGAAAGUUUUCCUGCGAUCGGCGAAAACUAUGAAAAAGUGGUGAAUGCUUUAAAAUCGCGCUUCGGUCGGGACGACCUUCAAAUCGAGGUGUACGUUCGGGAGAUGCUCGGACUGAUAAUAAAUAACGCGGUUUCUAAGAGUAAAAUGGAUUUGUCAUCUUUAUACGAUCGGAUAGAAACGCAGUUGCGCGCAUUAGAAACGUUAGGGGUCGCGUCGGAUAAAUGUUCGGCGAUGUUAUUUCCCCUCAUAGAAUCGUGUUUGCCGUCGGAAUUAUUGCGCGUCUGGCAGAGAUCGCAGGCCAAUCUUCCAGCAAAUCCAUCUAUGGAAACUCGGCUUGAAAGUUUAAUGCAAUUUCUUAGGGGCGAAGUAGAAAAUGAGCAACGGAUAAUUUUAGCUACUCAGGGUCUAGGGCUUUCUAGUGCAUCAGGAAAAGAUUCAUCAAAUGCAAAAAAUUCGAAAUCUUCCGAAACAAGGUUACCUACCGCUGCCGGUUUAAUGAACUGCGAUGUGACAAAAUGUAUUUUUUGUGAUGGGGCGCAUGCUAGUGAGAGUUGUUUCAAGGCGCAAAAGUUUUCAAUUGAUCAAAAGAAAACAGUAUGCAAAGAGAAAAAGGUCUGUUUUAGAUGCCUUAAGUUUGGUCAUUUGUCUACAAGAUGCAGAUCUAGAUUAAGGUGUAUCGUUUGUGGCCGAGCUCACCUAACCUUGUGUUCAAACGGUUCUGUCAAUCCUGAUAGGGACGAUAAAAAGGCUAAAGAUACCGCAGAGCAAACCCUUACAAACAAUGGGAACUGUUUGGUGUUUUUGCAAACUUUACGGGUAACCGCAAGGUCAGAAAAUGGAUCUUGUGAGAUACGCGCGCUCAUAGACACCGGGUCGCAAAGAUCGUAUCUAUUAAAAUCUACUAUUACGCAGUUGGGAUACACCGCCAAAAGAGAAGAAUUGGUUGCACAUGGGCUCUUUGGAGGAGUUGUUACACAGGUACCACACAAAUGUUAUGACAUCCGACUUCGUCAUGAAAAUUAUGCAUGUAAAUUUGAGGUGUUGGAUCAGCAGGUUAUUUGUACCAGUGUUCCUGCCAUAGGAUGUGGACCUUGGAUAACUGAGUUGGAAGAAUUAAACAUUGAGAUACAUGGUACUCAAGAUUCUUCCCCCAUUGAGUUACUAAUUGGUGCCGAUGUAGUUGGAAGACUUUAUACAGGGAAACGGCGUGUAUUAAAAUGUGGUUUGGUUGCCAUAGAAACACUAUUAGGCUGGACGCUUUUGGGCAAGGUCUACGAUGUUGAAGCUGCAAAAGACAAAUCGUGUUCCAGUUUGGCAGCUACAAGUUUAUCGUUGUUGUUGAAUGAUACUUACCUAACCAACCUAUGGGAACUUGAUACAUUGGGUAUUACUGAACCAUCAGAAAGGAAAUCGAGAGAAGAAAGGGCUGCCGCAGCUAUACAUUUCUUUAAAGAAACCGUGACACUGAAUGCUGAAGGUCGAUACGAGGUGCGACUUCCUUGGAUAGAGGGUCACCGUCCAUUGCCUUCAAACCGGAAGAUUGCUGAAAGGAGAUUACAGUCAACCUUGAAGAAAUUGAAGAAAGACAAUCUUGUGGAGUCUUAUGGAGCCGUUUUCCAAGAAUGGUUAUCGGAAGGUAUAAUUGAACCGAUACAUAUUGAUAGUGGUGUCAGUGAAAACGGGCAUUAUCUUCCUCAUCGGCCGGUCAUUAAGGAAGAUUCGACAACCAAAAUCCGGCCUGUGUUCGAUGCAUCAGCAAGGGAAAUUGAUAGUCCAUCCUUGAACCACUGUCUAGAAAAAGAUAAGACUUCUUUAUUGAGAUUUAUACAAGAAGCUACCGAAGCCAUGAGGGAAGCUAAUUUUGAACUAAGAGGGUGGGAGUUCAGCGAUGAAAAUAACGAUGAGACAGCUAUGGUUCCGUUGCUUGGUCUUAAUUGGUAUUUGGCUAGAGAUGUAAUAAAAAUUAGUGAUGGAUGCUUGAGGAGCAGCUCGAAAUUUGAUGAAAUGGUUAUAAGCAAAAGAUUAAUACUAUCUAUGGCACAAAAGGUAUUUGAUCAUUGGCUUCACCUGUCCUACAACCUUGGUGCCGAAAUUACUACUUCAGAAGUUAUGGGAGAAGAAAUUGACCUGGGAUGA